GAUCAGAGACGACUAGAGAGGCUCUGGAGAGAGGCUGUCAGUACCUGACACGAAAUCGGCUGCAGUGGCUUUUAUAAAGAGAUCACCGGGAAAUUCACUGCGCCCAAUAGAGAGAAUUUCUUUUAUUUCCUUUUCAAACAUGUUUCUUCCCCAAUUCUGCGUUGCGAUCUGAAGAAAUCGGAGUCAUUUUUUUAAGAUUUUUCACCAAUCCAUCGCAGGGUAUAUUAUCUGGGGAAAUUAACUUCAUUUUACUAAGAUCUGAUUGAACACUUGCUGCCAUGCCUGCGGAGCUUAUGCAGAACAGGAUUCAGAAGAUCUGGCUUCCCAGCGAGGAGAUCCCCCGCUGCCCUAUCAAUGUGGGUGGCCCCCAACUUGCCAACUCACCGACUGUGAUUGUAAUGGUUGGAUUACCAGCCCGUGGAAAGACCUACAUCUCAAAGAAGCUCACACGUUACCUCAACUGGAGUGGAGUCCCUACAAAAGUUUUUAAUGUGGGAGAGUACAGACGGGAAGCCGUAAAGGAAUUCAGUUCUUUUGACUUCUUUCGGGCAGACAACAGGGAAGCCAUGAAGGUUCGAAGACAGUGUGCCUUAUCUGCGUUAGCAGAUGUCAAAUCUUACCUGACAGAAGAAGGUGGACAGAUUGCUGUAUUUGAUGCCACCAAUACAACCAGAGAGAGGAGAUCAAUGAUUGUUGAUUUUGCCAAAGAGAAUGAUUUCAAAGUAUUCUUCAUUGAAUCUGUGUGUGAUGACCCAAGUGUUGUUGCUAGUAACAUCUUGGAUGUUAAAUUGUCCAGCCCAGACUACAGGGGACGUGCCCCAAAUGAGGCAGUGGAGGACUUCAUGAAAAGAAUAAACUGCUACAAGAACAGUUAUGAACCUCUUGAUCCUGAUAACCAUGACAGGGAUCUGUCCAUGAUUAUUGUCGUUGACGUUGGCCGAAGGUUUCUGGUUAACAGGGUUCGAGAUCAUAUUCAGAGCAAGAUCGUAUAUUACCUGAUGAACAUUCACGUUCAACCCCACUGCAUUUAUCUGUGCAGAGCCGGUGAGAGUGAGCACAACCUUAAAGGAAAGCUUGGAGGAGAUUCUGGCCUAUCACAAAGAGGAAAGAAGUUUUCUGUUGCACUGAAGAACUAUAUUGAGGAACAGAACCUGAAGGAACUGAAAGUAUGGACAAGUCAACUAAAGAGGACCAUUCAGACAGCAGAAGUACUCAACAUGCCUUAUGAACAGUGGAAAGCAUUAAACGAACUGGAUGCUGGUGUGUGCGAAGAUAAAACCUAUGAAGAAGUCAAAGAAAUGUAUCCUGAAGAAUAUGCUUUGCGUGCUCAAGACAAAUAUCAUUACCGUUACCCGUCAGGAGAGUCAUACCAAGACCUGGUUCAACGUCUGGAGCCCGUCAUCAUGGAGUUGGAAAGGCAGGGGAAUGUCCUGGUUAUUUGUCACCAGGCAGUGAUGAGGUGCCUCCUGUCUUAUUUCCUGGACAAACCUGCAGAUGAGAUGCCCUACCUGAAGUGUCCAUUGCAUUCAAUGCUGAAAUUAACUCCAUUUGCAUAUGGAUGUCACGUGGAGACUGUCACUUUCAAUGUGGAGGCAGUAAACACCCAUCGGGAGAGAUCGGUGGAGGAUUUCAAGAAAUUCCCAAACCCACUGAUGAGAAGAAAUAGUGUGACCCCUCUUGCCAGUCCUGAGCCUACUAAGAAAGCUCGAAUAAAUAGCUUUGAAGAACUGACUGCUGCUACAUCUGCUUCAAUAUCUGGAUGUGCAGCCCAUGAACCUCCAACUGUCCAAGCUGCACAGCCUUUGCUAGGAAAGGCUUGCCUGGUGUGAGUGUUCCUGCACAGGACAACAUCUCCGUUUCUUUCUAUAUAGGACACGAGUGAUCUGUCCUGGAAAACAUGGCCAUCGGUAAAAGCUGAUGCCCCAAUUUUAUGUUGAUUUACCGAAGCUCUUCAAAACUUAUCACCCUGAAAAGUUUAGCCUCCGGCUGUUUCUGCCUAAAGCUGUUGGACUAGAGCGAAAAGGAAGAUUGCCACUGAGGAUUUUUUUCAUUUUUAUGUUAAACAAAGACUUCCAGGUCCUUUCAAUGGAGGAGUGCACAGCUGGAACUGCUUGAACACAAAUUACUUCUUAGUUAUGCUUCUUGUUUGGUUUCGUUUAACUUUGUCUAUAUUGUCUAGACAUUGUAUAGACAAUUUGUUUAUCUUUAAAUUCUUGAAUAUGAUGCCAUUCUUGGUCUCAUCGAGCUUUUACUAUCCAUUUUAAUUUAAAAAGAAAAAAUUGAUUUCCAGGAAUCAAAGAAGUACUAAGCGGAGAACCUUUAACUGCUUAAAGAACCUGCAUUAUGGAACAACAUCACAAACGAAAGAUAUGGAGCUUUCUCGUUUAGACCCUUGAGUGCCUACUGGGUGAUGUACUCGGCUGGCAUACAACCCGUUCAGUCGCCACUGCGUGGUACUCGGACCAUGGCCUGAUUUUUGUUACACACAGUUUAUGGAAGUUUGUGUUCAGAAUUGUUUUGAAAUCGAACGGCUUAGCCUGUAACUGAGGCCUGCGUCA